AUGUCCACACAAUAUGCUAGCGAGCCAAAUCCCACCGCGUCCGUCACACUAAACACCACCAUCGGACCCAUCCACAUCGCCCUCUUCGCGAACCAAGCUCCCCUCACAUCCAAGAACUUCCUCCAACACUGCAAAGACAACUACUAUGCCGGAACAAUCUUCCACCGUAUCGCGCCCGAUUUCGUGAUCCAGGGAGGUGACCCUACGGGAACUGGAUCUGGCGGAACCUCCAUCUACGAAUACCCCGAGUUCGAGUAUGACCCCGAAGCCCGCGACCCCAGUGAACGGGUUGUAUUGCGCGAUGAGAUACACAGUCGACUACGCUUUAACCGCCGAGGACUGGUCGGUAUGGCGAAGAGUGAGGACGGGUCAUAUGGGAGUCAAUUCUUCAUCACGCUGGGUAAUACUGAGCGCGAGAUGAAUGGGCAAUGCACACUUUUCGGACGAUUGGAGGGCGAUAGUAUUUUCAACGUGCUGAAAAUUGCAGACGGUGACCGUGUGGAAGGAACCGAGCGACCAAUCUAUCCGAUCAAGGUGACUUCCUGCGAGGUUGGAGAAUUAGGCCCGCUAGCCGGCAAGUUGAAGGAUAGGAAAAUCACAUCCACAACAUCAGGAGGGGACAAGCCCGCGUCCAAGAAAAAGAAGAAGCCAGCCAAGGGAGGCAAGGCCCUGCUCAGCUUUGGUGGAGACGAAGGUGAAGAAGAAAUGCCUAUGCGUCCCGCAAAACCCAAGUUCAACACAAAGCUCGUGUCAGAUGUCCCGGGCGGCAUCAGCGAGUCCCAGAAGGAACCAAAUACCCAAUCGAAAGAGUCGAAGCAACGUAAACGGCCACGCUCACCAUCGCCGCAACGAUCUCCGUCCCCACCGCGCAAACAGCGCAUCAAGACACCAGAGCCAGAAACCCAACUCCCACUCCAAGAUCCGGAAUCGCCUGCUCGAUCUCGCUCUCCACCUGCUAAGGAGUCCAAGGUCUCUCGAAUGAACGCCGAAUAUGCCUCCCUGAAAGCAUCCAUGCGUCGAAAUGUGGAAACUGGCCCGGUCGAUACCAGCCGCAAGAAGACAGCAUUAGAAGCCAUGAUCCCUGAAACGGCAAUUCGAGGUCGUAGGCGACCCCCUCCUGGCUCGAAUGGCGCAGCAUCGGGUUCUGCCCCCAGAAGUGCUGCAGAGCGGGAUGCGCUGCAGAUGUUCAAUGCAUUCAAGGCGAAACUGGAAAGCGCCGAGCCCAAAUCCUCAACGAAUUCACAUAACAACGGGGAUUUGAAGGAGUCAGGGGAUUCCCGAAAGCAAGAUGACGAUGACGAGGAGGCCCAGCUUUGUGACUUACAUUUCAUCGCAAACUGCCAAUCCUGUCAGUCCUGGGAUGAUCCCGAGGAGGCGGACGAUGAUGCGGGCAAAGAUGAUGACCUGAAGUGGAAGAAAGAGAAUCCUGGUGAUGUCGACUCGCUAAUGGUCAUUGAUCCGCGAGAGAAGGAGAAGGAUUUGACGAGUGGUGGGCGGAAGCGAGGGUUGCAACGAGAUCGGGAGAGAGAACGAAAGAAGGAACGUGCUGGGGAGUUGGAAUGGGACCGAGAAAGGAAGUAG